AUGCAGUUAGGAGAACCCGUAAGAAACCGCAUCGUGGAAGUCUUCUCUGAGGACGGACAAGGCAACUUGAGCUUCAAUGACUUUGUAGACAUGUUCUCUGCUCUCUGCGAAACGGCUCCACGAGAACUGAAGACCAUAUAUGCUUUUAAAAUCUAUGAUUUUAACGUGGAUAACUUCCUGUGUAAGGAGGAUCUGGAGAAGACGUUGAACCGGCUGACUAAAGGAGAGCUGACCCCUGAAGAGGUCAAUCUGGUCUGUAGCAAGGCCAUGGAGGAGGCUGACCUCGACGGGGACAGCAAGCUCUCCUUCUCGGACUUCGAGAACAUGAUCUCUAAAGCUCCAGACUUUCUAAGCACGUUCCACCUACGGAUCUGAGGUGAGGUGAUUCAGCCGCUCCCAUGAUGAGGCUUUAGACAACGACGGAAGAGGGGGGGGAAGAUGAAGAAGAAGAAGAAGAAUGUGGUCGCUUUCUGGUUCGUCUGAUGACGUCAUCCCCGAAGACUCCUCCCAGAGUCUCUGUGGCCCCAACCCACAGCAGAAUGACCCCUGACCUCAACCUCAGUACAGCAUAGUGCCUACCAAAAAAAAACGUUAGUAGAGAAGUCUUGUCUUUCCCCAAGUCUAUCUUCGAUCGAUGCGAUGUUUGUAUAAAAUAUAACAUUGAGAGAGAGAGAAAAAGGAAGUGGAACAAAAGUUUGGCUUCGGCUGCAGGAAAAUGGACCAGGGAGGAUUUUAUUCUCGGAAGCACAGGCCUUUUUUUGCCAACUCAUGUUCUAUAGGAAGGACGUUAUCGACCACAAGACAUUUCCAUUUUCGGAAGAGAAGAUCAUUAAUGCAUGAUUGUUUUCUCUUAUAAUCAAUUGUAAACUUGUUUAAAAGAUGGAACCACAAACAGACUCCAAAUGGAGAUAGAAAAUGAACCGAUGAACAACGAGGGGCUAAUUUUUUAUACCUGUAGGGCUUAGCUACAACACAACCUAUAAGCAGUUUUCUAGAAGAUGUAGGAUUUUUUUGGGGCAGAAUUGUUAGGUUUCUAAUUUCUGUAAACUUACCUAACCUUUGAAAGUGUAUACAUUGUAUGAACACUGACUGACAACAAUGUGGAAGUGGAUUGAACAACGAGAUAUUUUCUGUCUGACGGUGUACGGAAGGGAAAAAACAGUAAGAUAUAUUAAUAAGUGAAGUAUUACAAGCACAGUUUUAGCACCGAGGGCAGAACAGUUGAAGAGCUAUGCAAUAUAUCUUUAUGAAAUGCAUGAGUGUUACAUAAAAUUGCAUAAAAUAGCUUUUAAUUUUUUUUUGCUCCAGUCCAAGUAUAUAGUGGUUUUGUACUGCUGGAUCACAAUGACAAUCAGAACCUGUGACGUAGUGGUAACGUGAACAAAUAGCUGGGUAAACGCUGAAUUGCCGUUUCGCGGUGAGUAAACGUAACGCUCCUCUAUGCUUUCAACUCUUUAUAUUUUCCUCCAUUAAAAAGGUGGGAGAAAACUCACGCGCACAAAACAACACAAAAAAUAUAUAAAAAGGCACGUUGUUUUUUUUAUGUGCGCUUCCCGCUCCUCUAAACCACGGACCAUAAUGUUACCUAACUGUUCCGCAGUUAAAGGAAGGGCUCUGUUCUCUAUUUCAUCACCCCUUCCGUUAUGUUAUGCUGUCUUACCUUGUCCUUCCUGACAACUUGAUAUAAUGGCAUUAACAUCACUUAAGAAAUAACGUGUUCAGUCUUUCAUAUGAUAAGAGCAUUUGGCUAGACUUUGAUUAAAUACAUUUUCUGUUUGCUU